UUUUCCUUUGACAUGAACCUAACUGAAGCAUAAAAAAGCAAAAAAAACGAGUAGAGAAUCGAGAGGACUUUGAGCUUUGCGCUUUCUGUUAUUAGCGCCAAAGCGCAUAGCGCACACACACACACACUCAUACAGAUCUCUCUCUCCGGAUAUGUUCUUCGUUUCCAUCACCGUGUCAUUGGAUAGGUGAACUAUCUCAAUUUCAAUCUCUUCUUUUCAGAUCCACCGCCGCAAGGACAAAAUCUCGAUCUGAUCUCCCUGCCUCCUCAAUCACAAGAUUUUGUUUCUCCAUCUAUUCAGCUUUUUUUUUGUGUCAGGACUGUUGAGAAGGGAGGAUAGAGGAAAAAGAAUAGUUUUGAGAAUUCGCGAAAUUUAGCGAUUCAGAUCGCGUUCCGCAGCGUUUUGGGACGCAUGAUCUGGGUCGCGGAACCCAGGGGAGUGAGGCGAAUCUGGUGACAGUUUAACCAGAAACAGCUUCUAUGGGAACAGAGGAGAUUAAGAAGGAUUUGGAUGUGAACAAGUGGUUUUCACAGUUGACCUAUGACCAGUGGAUGGCAAUACCUGCUUCUGGUGCACGGCCAUCAGCUCGCUAUAAGCAUGCUGCAGCAGUUGCUGAUGAAAAACUGUACAUCUUUGGGGGGAGUCGCAAUGGUCGGUACCUGUCUGAUGUCCAGGUCUUUGAUUUUAGUAGUUCAACAUGGUCUAGUCUAAGGCUUAAAUCUGUGCUGCAAGCUGAUCAAGUAAAAGAUAAUAACUCUCAGGAAGUUCUUCCAGCCACCUCAGAUCACAGUAUGGUUAAGUGGGGAAACAAACUACUACUCCUUGGUGGGCAUUCCAAGAAAUCUUCUGACAGCAUGAUGGUGCGGUACAUUGAUCUUGAAACACACCUAUGUGGUGUCAUUGAGACAUCAGGAAACACUCCGGUAGCUCGAGGGGGGCAUUCUGCUACUCUUGUUGGUUCUAGACUCAUAAUUUUUGGCGGAGAAGAUAGUAGCAGGAGAUUGCUUAAUGAUUUGUAUGCUCUUGAUCUGGAAAAGAUGACUUGGGAUGUCCUAGAGACAACGCAGACACCUCCAGCUCCUAGAUUUGAUCACGCAGCCACGCUACAUGCAGGACGCUACCUUCUAAUAUUUGGUGGUUGUUCUCAUUCCAUAUUUUUCAAUGAUCUCCACGUACUUGACUUGCAAACUAUGGAGUGGUCCCUACCAGAAAUUCGAGGCGAUUUGGUAACCCCUAGGGCUGGUCAUGCCGGUAUAGCAAUUGAUGAGAACUGGUAUAUUGUUGGUGGUGGAGAUAACAAAAAUGGAUGCCCUGAAACCCUUGUAUUGAAUAUGUCUAAGUUAGCAUGGUCAACGUUGACAAGUGUAAAGGGAAGGGAUCCUCUUGCUAGUGAGGGACUCAGUGUUUGCUCAACAUUAAUGGAUGGAGAGAAGCAUUUGGUUGCGUUUGGUGGCUAUAAUGGGAAAUAUAACAAUGAGGUUUUUGUUAUGAGACUCAAACCAAGAGAUUCGCUUCGCCCCAAAAUUUUUCAAUCACCAGCUGCAGCUGCCGCAGCAGCUUCUGUUACUGCUGCAUAUGCUUUGGCCAAAUCUGAUAAGUUGGAUUUCUCCAAUAUAAAUUUGAACCCUAGAGUCAUUGAAAGCAAUCCUUCUGAGCAAGAUUUAACCAUUGAAAUUGAUGCAAUUAAAGAAGACAAAAAGGUGUUGGAACUGUCACUUGCAGAAGUGAGAGCAGAAAAUUCUCGACUCAGGGAAAAGAUUGAUGAAGUUAACAGUACUCAUGCAGAAUUAUCCAAGGAGCUUCAUUCUGUCCAAGGUCAACUAGUAGCUGAGAGAUCAAGAUGCUUUAAACUGGAGGCACAAAUUGCAGAAUUGCAGAAGAUGCUGGAAUCACUGCAGUCCAUAGAGAAUGAAGUACAAAUACUCAGGAGACAGAAGUCUGCUCUCGAGCGGGAGAUGGAGCUUAAUGCCUCCGCACAGAGACAAGGGUCUGGGGGUGUCUGGCGGUGGUUAGCUGGGUAAGCUCUGGAACGCCCAAAAAAAGCAAGGUCAGUGCCUCAAAAUUGUGCAAAGAUUAAGCCAGACAUUAUCCCUGUGAAUCUAAUCCUGUUUUUGGGAUCUUAAGCUGCACCAGAUAUCACAACUGUGGCUUUGUAUACGUGCCUAUACAGGCACUUCUUUGUUGCCAUAUUUGACGGUGGUUUUGGAGUUAUUAGGAGAUGAGGUAUGAGUGAAAAUGCAAAUGCAGUUCAGUGUCAUUUUUUUUUUUUCCUUUUUUUUCCCUCGUAUCGCAGACUGUUUUGGUAUUCUCUUGCACCGUAGCUCAGUUAUUUUUUUUAUUUCAUUCAUUGUACAAGUCAAUUACAUAUUAGAUGAUUUUUUAAUGGUUAUCAAAUUGGAUUUUGUUAUAAAUAA